UUGCCAGUAAAUAGGAAGCACGGAGCAGGCUCGGAUAGUGCAAGUGAUGAAUUUGGAUCAGCAAGGAUCAGUCAAGCUCGUUCAAGUAGUGAAAGUGUACGAUCAAAAGAACUUAUCGAAAGAUGGAAAUUUGCAGCUAAAAAGUCGUGUCUAUUUUCUCUAACAGAUCAUAUCGUCUUGCAAUCUUUCAGAUGCACACCUGAAUCUAUGCCAGAUCCAUGGGAAAAAUUCAAUAUCGCUGAACUUGCUACUCUCAAUUGCAUACGUCAUCGUUACUCACCAGUGCGUAAAGUGUGGAGUGAAGAUCGUGUUCAGAUUAAGAUGCAUCCUGAGUCGUUUGCAAGAGGAGCGAUGCGCGAAUGCUAUCGAGUGAAGAAAUUGUCGUCGUUCAAGAAGAACGACAAUUGGUCUCACGCACACAAUUAUGUGGCCAAAAAGUAUAUCCGUCCUAUCGGUAGAGAGGUGAUUUUCGAAGAUGUUCGAUUGCAAAUGGAUAGUAAGCUUUGGGCGGAAGAAUUCAAUCGACACAAUCCUCCGAAGAAAAUCGAUAUAAUGCAAGUGUGUAUUUUGGAAUUGAUUGAUGAACCAGACCGUCCACUCUAUCACUUGGAGCACUUCAUUGAAGGUGAUUAUAUCAAAUACAAUUCGAAUUCGGGCUUUGUCUCGGAUAUUGCACGUAAAACACCACAGGCAUUUAGUCAUUUCACGUUCGAACGCAGUGGUCAUCAACUUAUUGUUGUUGACAUUCAAGGAGUGGGUGAUUUGUAUACAGAUCCUCAAAUUCAUACAGCUUCUGGUCAUGGCUACGGAGAUGGAAAUCUCGGUACAAAAGGCAUGGCACUAUUCUUUCAUUCGCAUAUUUGUAACGAGAUAUGCUUCUCAAUGUGUCUGACCGAAUUCGAUCUUUCGUAUAGUGAAGUCGAUGCGCUUCGUAAACGUUCCAUUUCCAAUGAGGUUUUUUCAUUGUUCAUUUCAUUGUUCAUUCAUAUCAAUUUUAUGUAUCACUUUCUUACUGUUUUCUCUUCUGUUUCACCAGCAACCACUUGCAGUAAUCGUAGUUCAACUGAUGGGUCAACAAAAUUUGAGAAUUAUGAUGCACUGGAUGUUUGUGAACCGUUAACGAAUGAUGAUGAUGAUGAUAGUGCAAUGGAACGAUUACGUUCACGAACGUUCAGUAACAAUGGAGGCGUUCGUUCUAGCGUUUCAAUGUGUUCAUCGGAAUGUGUCGACGAAUAUGCUCCGUUACCACACAAUGACGACUGCGUUUGUGAAAGAUGUGUUGAAGUUGUUGUUGCAAGAAGGACACGUUAUAGAAGUGAAACUGAAUCAGCGUCAGCUACCACUGAUGCAAACGAUGAUGAGAUGCGAACUGCUCCUCUUGAAAGAUGUUUGAGUGUCGACAGCACAAGCAGUUGCUGUAGCUCAAGACUGACACGGGUCGAUGUAUGUGUGCUCAUAUUUUGUGCUUUGCUUUCAACUGUUUCCAAAGAAUACGAUAAUGGUUCUUUUCAGGAGUCUGAGAAAGAAGCAUUCUGGCUGGAAGCGAGGAAACUUUCCCGACCAGCCGGCUUUCUAUCGGCCACCGAAAUGCAGCAGCUUGCUGACAUUUCCAGACAAACUCAUACAACUUCUGUGCUUGGCCAGGUCCACUUAGAUCUAGCACGUUAUCACGAAGUAGGGCGUUUUCUUCCAAAAUCCGUGAGUGCAUCCAGAAAUGAAAAUUUAAAGGUUACAACUGGAAGCGAUGGUUCAGCUGCAGAGGAAUCACUGGAAUAUGAUAAAGAAGCAGCUCUUUAUCAUCUGGAUAUGGCUCGACGUUGUGGCGUUCUUGAAGCGAUUAUCACCACGGCUCAAAUAGCCCAUGGUUUACCUCAUGAACUUCUCAAGGAUAUCACGAACACUGAUUAUUGGGGAGAUGACGACUGUGAAGGAUUCGGUAUUGAACUAAUGGAAACGGCUGCUGAAAUGGGUGAUCGUUCAUCGAUGUUGUUCGUGGCUGAAAGUUAUGAGACUGGUCGAGGGCUUGGAAAAUCACCUUAUUGGCCUAAGGCUGUAGAAUGGUACAGUAGAGCGGUGACGUUUUUGGAGGAUUCUGAUGACGGGAACGAAGGAUCGAUGGUGAAGCCAAGAUAUGAAAUUAUUCAGAAGAUAGCCGAAAUGUAUAAAGAGGGAGGUUACGGUCUUGAACAGGAUUUCACAAAAGCCUAUGAAUUGUUCACAGAGGCAGCCGAAUUAGCAAUGGAAUCAAUGAGAGGGAAACUCGCUAAUAAACUCUAUGAAUUGGCCGAACAAUGUGCAGUUUGA